UCCACUUCCUCCUCUCCCGCCUCUUCCGCCCUAUGAUCCACCGCUGCCCCCUCCCGCUCUGCCUUCUGAUCCACCCACCGAUCCACCAUUCUCGAGACUUUCCACCCAUGCCGAGCUGCCUGAUCUCUAUCCUACGCUGCCGCCGUCACCGCUCAGCUCCCUAGCGGAUCUCUCGGCUGCUCCACAUCCACAUCCACCGUCGGAACGCGCACGCUCUCUCGCACGGCUCCUCUCCCUCCCCCCGCCCUCCACCCUUCUUCCACGUUCCUCCACCCCAUCCUCUGUCCCUCUCUCCUCGCUCCGUAAUCCCUCCCGGUCCGAUGCCCCCUCCUCUUCCUCCUCCUCCUCCACCUCCUCCUCCACCAAUCCACUCUCCUCCGACCGGCUCCGCUCUUCCAUGGCGCGGCUUCUCUCCCGCCAUCCCUGUAAUUACUUCUCCAGGUCCUCCGCCUCGCACUCCGCCUCCACCCCCUGCUACUCCAUCCGAAAUCCAUCUCAUCCGCUGUUCAACACAUCCCUUGACACCAUUUCGGAUGACGCCUCGGGAUCCAGGGCGUCGUCGUCGUCGGGGCUGCUCGGGGCGAUCCGCGGGGCCGACCUUCCCCCGGGGCCGUCUGCCAGGUCUCGCUCGGCCCUGGACUCGCAGAUUGGGGUCCGGGUCCUCAGCAGACACAUCGUUAAUAUAGAACAGAUAUGCAUUGCCCUGCUGGAGAUCAACAACCACACCAGGGAGGAACAGAUGCUUCAGCAGAUCUGCCUCAUGCUCAACGAUAUCCAGGAACAGAUCCACUCUCUGCGGCUGCCCGAGGACUCCCAGGUGGUGGAGGACCUCGCCGGGGCCUUCUCCGAGACCCUGCCCACCCCGCCCAAGUUGAUUCAGCGGCGGCGAGCUCCCCCUUCCUGCCUAGGGUACACCAGCGCACCUCCUCGGGCUACCUGUGUCCCCGACCUACCCCGAGUUCAAGCGCUGGGCAUCACGCAGCGCAUCCAGGCUUGGGACUUCACCCGCUGCCGCAUCCCAGACAUCUCGGACGGUGUGGCUAAUGUGGUGGUGCGGAAGUGCAAGAUCCACAACGACGCGAGUGUGGACAUAUCCUCCGACGGCACCAUGCUGGCGGCCCUCAUCCCCGAGAGCCAGGCGAUGACCAUGGUUGAAUUGCAAUAUGCAACAUCCACUGCGCUGCCUUCGUCCAGAUGCUGUGUCCAUUGGUCCAGCACGGCAAUGAGCUGCGGCCGGCACCGUUCAUCAUCUGCCCGUUUUGGGCGCCCAGCCGUACACGUGAACUAACAGUCUUGGCUUCAGGGCAGGUCGCUAAAAUGGACUCCUGUGACAUCAAGAUCAAGGUCAAGAUCAACGGAAGUAAACAGAGCGACGCUGCGGAGUCUGUCACGCCGCCCACGCCCACACAGUGCCCCCACGCCCAUCCAGUGCCCCCACGCCCAUCCAGUGCCCCCACGCCUCCAC